CAAAAUCGAGAUUUGCCACCGGAGUUCGGCCUCACGCCGUUCGCCGAGAACUUCCCCCUUUCUCCCUCCAUUUCCUUUCUUUUCCCUUCUAGAAACCGAUGCCUAAGAAGAAGAAGAAGCCCCUCCGUGGGGCUGUCCCUGGUUCCUCGAAGUUUGCUGCUGUCUACUCGCGUGCUUCCGCCUCUAAUAAGAGCAAGGGGUGCCCGUCUGCUCCCCACGCUGUAGCCAAACCCUCCGGUGAGUUUGCCUGGGAACCUCCAAGUCCAGAUCUACCUUCGCUCGACGUCUCGGGAGUUGUGCCUCAAACAGAUCUGAAAUCUAUUUCGCUUGUUGAAACCUCCAUUGUCGAUGGCUCUGCCUCCGGUGUUGAGACGUCUGUUGUAACAGACCAAACUUCCAGUUUGCCAUCUAUUUCUUAUGACCAAUCGACUGUCACAGCGACAGACUUGGCCAUUUCAACUCAGGGAAAGGUUUCAUCUGGUUCGGCUACGGCGGAAUCGCCCUUGCCUGCUACUACUCUACCACAAAAUCAACGAUGCUGACACGUGGGUGGACAUGGUUAAGGGCUCCACCAGGAAACUCUCGACGCAAGGUCCUGGCUUUGUGCUCCCUUCUGGCGAAU